GAUGUAAAUUUUAUAUUAAUUAUGGAGUUCUUUGUAAAAUUUUCUAAUUUCUUCUCUUUUGACAUUUCUCCCUCCCUCACUCGAUUCUCCCCACCGAAGCAGACGACAGAAGACGCGAAGGACGAAUCAGCAUCACCAGCAGAAACUCUCCCCUCCAAUGGAGAGGGGAUUUCCCGCCAGGACUCUACGGACCCGAAACGCUACCAACCCCUGAAAAGGCCAAAACGCGAUGAAUUUCCAUAAGGAUCAAAGUCGAACAUCCCGCAUCUCCUUCUACCUCCCUCCUCUCCUCAUCGCCCUCUUCUCAUUCUCUCUCCUCUAUUUAUACCCCCCUCAAACCCUAAAAAACCAAACCCUAACCCUAACUCCAACCCCGGAUACGCCCCGCCACAACUACAUCGUCCGCUUCGUCGACUACCGUCCUGCUGCCGACCAUCGGAUCUACCUCGAGUCUAGCCUCGGAGCGAAGGGAUGGGCGUGGAUCGAGCGUCGGAACCCUGCCGCGGCUUUCCCGACUGACUUUGGCCUCGUCUCAAUUGAGGACUCGGUUCUGAUCGAGGAGUUUGGGAAAUUGGGAAGGGUGAAGGAUGUGUCAAUUGAUUCGAGCUAUUCGAGGAGCUUGUUUGUUGAUGAAGAUCGUGGAAGAGGCGGGGAUUUCAAGGUGGAGAAGCGACCGGGGAAGAUGUUCACGUCGAUGUCUUGGGAGGAAGGAGGUUUUUAUAGUGGGAUUAGUAAUUUGACUAUUAAUUGGGGAAGGAAGCUUUUCAUGCAGAGGUCCCAAGUUACAUCGCUGUUUGGAGCCGAGAAGCUCUGGGCUAAAGGGUAUACAGGCGCAAAAGUCAAAAUGGCGAUAUUCGAUACUGGAAUUCGAGCAAAUCAUCCUCACUUCCGCAAUAUUAAGGAGCGAACAAAUUGGACCAAUGAGGACACACUGAAUGACAAUCUUGGACAUGGAACAUUUGUGGCAGGAGUUAUUGCUGGUGAAGAUGGAGAGUGCCUAGGUUUUGCUCCGGACACAGAGAUCUAUGCUUUCCGUGUAUUCACUGAUGCCCAGGUAUCUUACACAUCAUGGUUCCUUGAUGCAUUCAACUAUGCUAUUGCAACAAAUAUGGAUGUGCUUAACUUGAGUAUCGGUGGCCCUGAUUAUUUAGAUCUUCCAUUCGUGGAGAAGGUUUGGGAGCUGACAGCAAAUAACAUUAUUAUGGUUUCAGCUAUUGGAAAUGAUGGGCCAUUAUAUGGUACCCUAAAUAACCCAGCAGAUCAAAGUGAUGUUAUUGGUGUCGGUGGCAUCGAUUACAGUGAUCAUAUAGCCUCAUUUUCUUCACGUGGCAUGAGCACUUGGGAGAUUCCCCAUGGAUAUGGCCGUGUGAAACCAGAUGUUGUCGCAUAUGGCAGGGAUAUCAUGGGCUCUAAGAUCAGCACAGGUUGCAAAAGCCUCUCAGGUACCAGUGUUGCAAGUCCAGUGGUUGCGGGGGUUGUAUGUCUGCUUACUAGCAUCAUCUCCGAAGGCAUCCGGAAAGAUAUUCUAAAUCCUGCAAGUAUGAAGCAAGCACUGGUUGAGGGAGCUGCCAAGCUUUCUGGACCCAACAUGUAUGAGCAGGGUGCAGGCAGACUUGACCUCUUAGAGUCAUAUGAAAUUCUGAAAAGCUACCAGCCUAGAGCCAGUAUUUUCCCCAGUAUUCUUGACUAUACAGACUGCCCUUAUUCCUGGCCUUUCUGUCGCCAGCCACUCUAUGCCGGUGCCAUGCCUGUUAUCUACAAUGCUACCAUUCUCAAUGGCAUGGGAGUGAUAGGCUAUGUUGAAGAUUCUCCAACGUGGCAGCCUUUUGAUGAGGUGGGCAACCUGCUCAGCGUUCACUUUACAUACUCGGAUGUCAUCUGGCCAUGGACUGGUUUUCUAGCACUACACAUGCAAAUCAAGGACGAAGGCGCGCAGUUUUCAGGGUUGAUUGAGGGCAAUGUAACGGUGAGAGUGUACAGCCCAUCACCUAAUGGAGAGAAAGCCCCACGAAGGAGUACAUGUGUGCUCUGGCUGAAACUAAGAGUUGUUCCGACUCCUCCAAGAUCGAAACGGAUUUUGUGGGAUCAAUACCACAGCAUUAAAUACCCACCUGGUUACAUCCCAAGGGAUUCUUUGGAUGUUCGUAAUGAUAUACUGGAUUGGCAUGGCGACCACCUGCAUACUAAUUUCCAUAUCAUGUUCAAUAUGCUGAGAGAUGCUGGAUACUUUGUGGAAACACUUGGAUCACCUCUGACAUGCUUUGAUUCUGCUAGGUAUGGGACACUGCUGAUGGUGGACCUUGAGGAUGAGUACUUUGUGGAAGAGAUUGAGAAGCUGAGGGAUGAUGUCCUCAAUCGUGGGUUGGGACUGGUAAUGUUUGCUGAUUGGUAUAAUGUGGACACCAUGGUGAAGAUGAGAUUUUUCGAUGAUAACACACGGAGCUGGUGGACGCCCGUAACCGGAGGUGCAAAUAUCCCUGCAAUAAAUGACCUUCUGGCCCCUUUUGGGAUUGCUUUUGGGGAUAAAAUACUGAACGGGGAUUUCUCCAUUGAUGAUGAGCCAAGUCAUUAUGCGUCUGGAACAAAUAUAGUGAAGUUUCCAAGAGGUGGGUAUUUGCAUAGCUUCCAGCUUCAGGACAGCUCAGAGAGCGGCGCCACACAGAACAUAUUACAGGCUUCUGGUAUGACCAAGGUUGACUCUUCUGUUCUUGGCCUUGUGGAGGUGGGUGAGGGCCGGAUUGUAGUAUAUGGGGACUCCAAUUGUCUGGACAGCAGCCAUAUGGUGACCAACUGCUAUUGGCUCCUCAAGAAAAUUCUUGAUUUUACUAGCAGAAACAUCAAAGACCCAGUUCUUUUCUCUGACUCAGCUAAAAAGGAUUCGCCUCUCCAUGAAGAUGACAAUCAAUUGCCUUCACGCAGAACCGAUGUGAACUUCUCUACGUAUUCUGCGGUUGUCGGUAAGGAGUUGAUCUGCCGGAGCGACUCUAGGUUUGAGGUUUGGGGAACAAAAGGUUAUGGUUUCCGAGUGAUGGGGAGAAACAGGAAAUUACCGGGAUAUCCCACUGUGGAUUUGGGGGUAGAUUUGAACAUGACAACAGAUAGCUCCGGCUUUGGGUGGGGCAAAUUGACUGAGAAGGAGGGAAAUUUGUCUGCAACCAUUAUCAGGAAAAAAUUCAACAAAACGAUGGAUUUUUUGGGUUUGCUGAACAGUGAUGAGCUCGAUAUGCCCAUGCUAGUAGCAAGUCAGUGGCUUCUGCCCGUUUUUGUUACUGGUACAGUUUUUUUGCUAUUUUUGAGCUUCUGGAGAAUGCGACAGAAGCGACGACGACGGAGAAAAGGAUCAGCAUCAGGGCGUCUUGCAAAUUUGUUGUAGUCCUAAAAUACUUGAGAGCACAUGCCAUGCCAUGCCUGACUCAGUGAUGUUUCAUCAGAAGUUCAGGGGUGCUUGUUCUGGUGUUGCCUCAAAUAGUAUUUAUAAUUGUUGUAGCUCUAUUUUUUUUUUUUUUAGUGUUUUAUAUGUUUGAUCGGGUGAAUUUUUGGAAUUAAUCAUAUCAUUGUGCGGCAUGUCAAAACUACCCCAGGCAGGAUAAAAAUUCAAUUGCUUUGCUGGGGAGCAGAGAAUGAAUGAUGGCAGAUGUACUUUAAAUCAGAGGAAACACCUAGAGAUUGCAACUUCCACUUA